UCCCGUGAUUGCGGGGUCUCAAGGGGUCGUUCGAAGGCCAACCCGCUUACGUGUUGACAGAAACCUUCGCGCCGUUUGCCUGUCCCGCUGGCCUUCUUGACGGGACCGGCUCACUGCGAACUCGCAACCACCCCCGGCAGCCAAAACCCACACUGUUAUCAUACUGCAUAUAACUUAUUGCCACCCACUCUCCCAUGCUGUGCCCCCUUGCCGGACGUAGAAGAAAACUUGCUCUCAGCUGAAGAGCUUUCGCCGAGAGUUACACCUCCAGGUGUUCAGCAGUAAAACACGAAGCAACCCAUUGGACACUGUCCUUGAAGCAGGUGUACUCCGUCCAAUGAACCGAUUCUACGACGAUCAAAUGAUGAUGCGCGGGAACAGGCGCAGCGGGUCGGUGUUCCCUGACCCCUACGGCAUGUACGACGAGCCGGAGUUCCUCAACCAAUACACCAACUCCGUAGCAGCCGCGGCCGCAGCAGCCGCCAUGGGAGCCACCGGACGUGGAGGGUGGGGAGGAGGGCCCCACAUGGGCCUGGCCGGCGGGCAAUCGUCCGCCCAAAUGCCGUAUCGUAUGGGCGGGAUGGGCGGAGCUGCGGGUUAUGGAAUGGGAUAUCCGAACGGCGGAGGGGUGGGGGGUUAUUCAAACCCGGCUGCGGCGAUGGGCAUGGGGAUGGGGAUGAAUAUGAUGGCGUAUCCACCUGCGGGGCUGGGGAAUGGCGGCGGAAUGGGGUUUGGCGCGGAUAGAUAUAUGGGCAGGGGCGCUUAUGACGAUGUUGGCAUGGGGGGUAUGGGCGUUGGUGCAAUGGGGAUGAACGGUAUGGGUAUGGGCGGCGUUGGCAUGAUGGGUGCUAACGGCGGGAGAGGAUACCCCGCCGGCACGUCCCGUUUGAAUACCGGCAUGCGCAGUGGAUACCCUGCCGUGGGAAACAGCUACGCGCAAGGGAUGGAUAAGCCAGGGCAGAUGAAAGAAUCCAACUGGAACGACCGGCCGAACAAUACCAGCAGCAGCAACCUGCUGAAUAUGGGGAGCAGCAUGGGCAGUUUGGCCGGCAGUAACAGCAGUGAGUCGAGGCCAAGGGCAGGAUUCGGUCAGGGAGCCGCGGAUUUUCUCCCAGACCCCGACGUUCGUGGUUUUGACGAGUACAAGAUGCGGUGGGAUCUCGCUGAGGAUGGAUUGAAUGGAAAAGAUGCUGCGGCUUUCAAGGAAGGGAAGGGCUGGGGACCUCAACCGGAAAUCAUCUUUGACCCGCUCCUCAUGUGGCGCCGUACUCCAGACCCGCCUGGUAUCCCUGGCCACAGCAGCCGCGCUGCCAGCGAGCUACCAGCCGCACAACCGGAAGCAGAGGUGAAGAUCAAACUAGAAAAGGAUACUGAGGCCGAAGUCAAAAAGGAGACCCAGCGUCUGGAGCUCGAGACGAACAUCAAAGUCGAGCCGGUGCCGAUGAAAGCCCUCUUGACGGCAAAGUCGAACAGACCGACGGCGUCGGCGCUUAUUGACCGUGCUCGUGAGCGUGAAGAGCGGGAUCAGUUCUACAGGGACAGCACCAGAUCGGCCAACCCUUUCGAAACUCAGGCACAUGUUCCUCCUGCAUACGACGAGGAAAAGAUUUCCGCCAUGCAAGCUUAUUUUGCUGCUGCAGACACCGAAGCCCACCCGCUUCCUGGACUUUCAUCGCAUGCUUCCCAAGAGACCAUCAUGGGUGACGUGUCUCGCCAAGGGUCAAGGAUCCUCUCGUCGUCCCUAAGCGGCCUUCACGACAGCUUCCCGAUCACGAAACCAGACUUCUCCUCCAUGGACAAAGGCGGCAGUCAAACCUCCAUCGCAACCGCGUACUCCGACCGCGACUCGACCAUCUCCCGGCCCCGCCCAAUCUCCCGGCACGCCAGCCUGAGCGACCGCGAAACCACGCGCACGAGCAACACGCGCGCCAGCUCGUCCUCUCGCCGCUCCUCCGCCAUCCCCGACCCCGAUUUCGACCGCGACCGCAGCCUCAGCCCGCCGUCGUCCCGCAGCACCGACCACGAGAGCAACAACCCGCCCACCGAACACACCUAUGCCCAGAACAGCCAGAAUCAGUACCAGAAUCAGGAACGUCAUGGCGGUGGCGGCGUACGGGGCAGUCAUAGCCCGGCCGUGCGUGCUCACCGCCCGCCUCCGAUCGCUAUCCCGGCGAGUAUGGCCACCACUCCAGCGGCGUCAGCCGCCUUGAUCGCGUCCGCGUCGUCAUACUUUGCGAACGGGGCCCUGAACCUGCCCUACACCGUCCCGCAUUCCGCAGGUGUCCCCACUGGUAAAACCAUCGGUCCCGACGCGUCUCUCCCUGGUGCGGCGCUCAGUGCGGAUGCGACUGGCAGCCAACAUCAACGCCGCCACAAGCGCGCUGGGGACGAUGAUGGCUUGUUUGGGUUUGAGUUUGGAGUGGAUUUCACUGGUGCGGGACGGCCGAACUCGGCGGCGCAUUCUUUGUUUAGUAGGAUGAAUCGAUACGAGGACGACUAAAUCCCACUACAAGCGGCGUCCCCUUGAAUUAAGCAAUACCCCGCACACCAUCCCGCGCAACCCAAACAAACCCGUCCUUCGGGGCAUAGAGAUUUCCCUCCGUGCGCGAACACCCCUCACGGUU